AUGGCGGCGGGCCAGCCGAGCCGUGCCGUGGCAGACGUCAAUAGUCAUGAACACUAUGAGUCAAAGGCAAACCACGCGGGCGUCGUCACUGAUGCUGCGUCGAUUCCCUCGCAUCAGCUCGGAGUCAAGCCCUUGGGCAACCGCUAUCUCUCUAAUGCGCCGAAUGCGAGAGCUAGCGUCGGCACGUGGGCUAUGAUGCCUGACGAGAUGCUCACGGUCAUCCUGGAGCACUUUGGCAAAUCAGACCUCAUCAGACUGGGCUCGACAUGCAAAUUUCUCUACGCCUUUUGCCACCUAGAUGAGAUCUGGAAGGCGCUGUUUCUCCAGCUUCCGCCUGAAGUUAGUCGAGCGCUGAGAUGGCGAGGCACUUGGAGAAGAACGUUGAUGAACCUGAACAAGGAGUCUGAAGCCAUCGUCGACUGCAGCAAUGUCUUCUCCGACGUAUUACACCGGCCGUUCGCCUGCUCCAACAUCAACCUGAGGCAAUUCAUUCGCAACAUACCCAAGGCAAACCAGAUCCGCCGCUUCGACAAUCUCACGUAUGAACAGUAUGCUGAGCGAUGGACCGAGCAGCCUUUUAUUCUGACGAAGUGCAUCCGAGAAUGGCCUGUCACCUCCACAUGGACCAUCGAUCAACUUCUGUCAGAUUACGCCGAACUUGACUUCCGAGCUGAGGCAGUGGAUUGGACGUUCUCAAGAUAUUGCGAGUACAUGCGGGACAACAUCGACGAGAGCCCUUUGUACCUUUUCGACCGCAAAUUUGCAGAAAAAAUGGGUAUCAAAAUCGGAAAAGACGCCGGCUCGGCGUACUGGAGGCCAGAUUGCUUCGGUCCCGAUCUCUUCGAGGUGCUCGGGCGUGAGCGCCCAGCCCAUCGUUGGCUGAUUGUCGGACCGGAGAGGAGUGGUUCGACAUUUCAUAAGGACCCCAACGGUACCAGCGCAUGGAACGCGGUCAUCCAAGGAUCUAAAUACUGGAUCAUGUUUCCCCCAGCAGCGCAAGUUCCCGGAGUAUACGUAUCCCAGGACAGUAGCGAAGUUACAAGCCCCUUGAGCAUUGCCGAGUGGCUGUUGACUUUUCACCAAGAGGCGCGUCAACUGCCAGAAUGCAUCGAAGGUAUAUGCGAGGCUGGAGAGAUCCUCCAUGUCCCAAGCGGCUGGUGGCACCUUGUUGUGAAUCUCGAAAGCGGCAUCGCUCUUACGCAGAACUUUGUUCCGCAGUCGCCGAGCCUCAACCUGCUGUCAGAAGUCCUAGCCUUUCUCAAAGACAAGCCAGACCAGGUCUCCGGUUUCGACAAAGACGUCGCGAACCCUUAUGAGCUGUUCAUCGGGAGGCUCCGAUCGGAACACCCUGAAGUGCUGGAUAAGGCCCUAGAGGUCGUGGAUAGGAAGAGUGGCAAGAAGCGAAAGUGGGAUACGGCUGUCGGCCGCGAUGAAGAGGCUCAGGAAUCAGGAGGCUUCAGUUUUGGAUUUGGCGGUGACGACGAGGAUGAGAUACCUUGA